UCGUGCCGUGCACUUUGUGAAACGGAGAAUAUUUGUAACUCAAAACGUAAGAGGGAGAGGCCGCGAGAGUGUGCGACAGAGAGGCAGUGUAAAUCUGUGCGUGUACGAGAAAUCGAUAACAGCAGCUGAAGUGGCUAAAGAAGAAGAAGAAGAAGCAGCAGAGUAGUCGAAAGCGCGUGUGUGUCGGUGUCGGCAAAUGGAUUUGUCUUAAUGGAAAACCCAAACAGAAAAUGAUCUGGAGGCAAAAUCUUAAAAAAACGACGCAAUUGUUUUAAGACACCCAAAAAAGAGGCUACUAAGAGUUAGGAUUGGCAAAUAGACUGGAAGAUGCACCUGCAAAUCACGCACAAAACCGUAGAACCAGAGGCGACACACACCGACAUGGAUUCCGCAUCCCCAGCAUCUCGAGAUGUUCGGCAGUUCCACGAUCUGAUAACCUGUCGACUUUGUCGCGGUUACAUGAUCGACCCAACCACAGUGGAUUAUUGCUAUCACACCUAUUGUCGCAGUUGCAUACUAAAACAUCUGCUGAGGACAGUUUACUGUCCGGAUUGCAAGGCAAGUGGCGGCAAGGAGAUCAGCGAAAUCAAUCUUAAAUCGGAUGAUACCUUACGAUCGCUGAUCUUUAAGCUAGUUCCGGGCCUCUAUCAAAGGGAGUGCAAAGAAUUGGCGGAUUUCGAGGAGCAACAUGAGGACUUGAUGGAUGAACAAAUGCCCAACGAACAGGAGUUCUUCACCUCCACGGAACUUGUGAGCUUAUCCCUCGAAUACCAUCCCGCCAUGCUGCAUCAAUGUGGCGCUGGCGAGGUGCCACCCAUUAUUUAUCUGCAAUGUGCCGCUGGAUUGCAGGUGGAGUUGCUAAAGCGCUUCCUCUGCACCAAGUACAACAUCGAGGCAGAGAACAAGUUGGUUGAGGUGGAGGUGACCUACGAGGACGAGGUGUUGCCCUCCAAUUUUACGCUGAUGGAUGUUGGCUACUGUUACAACUGGAGUCGGCAAUCGCCCAUGGCCUUCUGCUACCGCAUUUUGCUGUACGAGAGCGAGCGAGCAAAAAACGAUGAGAACAACCUAUCCAGGAUUAACCAGGACAUUGAACCGGAGCACUCGAUGCGUCGCUCCAAGUCGGCCAAAUCGGUGACUUUUGCCGAGGACCUGGAAUCGGAAAUGGAUUCCGGUUCGGCGCGUUCCAAGGCGCGAAGUAAGACCUCGCCAAAGGUUUCACCCUCCUCCUCCUCCUCCGCGAAGAAUAAGCGUGUGGCGACGAGCAAACGGGAACCGGAACCGGAGUGUCCGGUUAGCACCUUCAAGAGUCUUCGCAGCAAUGAUAUGCGCUACAGUGAUUAUGCCGUAUCCAAGGUUAAGAGUGAACCGGAACAGGAUGUGCCGCCAAGGGAACUGGAUCAAGUGCCCCUGGUGGCCAACACGAACAUAGUGGUCAGCAUUCCACCCUCGCAAUUGGGCAAAUCCUACGGCGAUGCUGAGGAUUUCGAGCUGAAGACAGCAAAUCGAAAGGGUGUGGGUGUGGGUGUGGGUGUGGGCCAUUUGCCCAAGCUGAAGAUCGAACUAAAUAGCAUGAAGAGUAAGUUGAGUAUGCCAAUGUCGGCUGGUCCGCGACUGGAGGAUACCGGCUCCUCGCAACAACUCGAUCUGGAGACCUAUGCCAAGAACAUUGGCCUCAAACCGAUUGAGCAGCCGACAGUUCAAGGUGUUUCCACGCCCGACAGCAAAUUCAGUCCCAAUGCAUCGCCCAUGUCCUCGUGCUCCAGUUCGACCAAUGGUUCCAGCUGUAGUCUGGGCACUGCCGAUGCCAGUACCUCGACGUCCACCACCAGCAGUUCACAUCGCAAGCGCAAAAAGAAGCACUCCAAGGAGCCAAAGGAUGCGAAUGGCAAGCGCAAGAAGUUGCAUGCGGAGAUCUCCUCGCAAACGGAUGGCAAAAUGAAGGUGAAGAUCACGGCCAAACCGAAUCACAAGUUUGACCUGAAGAGGUCUCAUUCGCUGGCCAGUGGAGAGUUGGCUCUGCAGCAGCUGAAAUUGGAUGGUACUACCAGCACUUCGGAGGCACUUAAUCGCACUUUGGGCGAAGAGGCAAGAAGUAUCAGUAGCUUGGUGGUGGGUGGAGCACCCACGCCUCCGCCCACGCCCACAACGGAACCAGCGGAGCAGCAGCAGCAGCAGCAACAACAACAACAACAACCGCUGAUGAUGGCAAAGUGCAAGGACAUUAACUUGCCCACAUCGCCACCUUUGCCGCCCAGUUUGUUCAAGGCCUUUACGCCCAGCACAACGCCAUCUCCCCCAGCAACAGUGGCGGGAAAACCCAAACAGCAGCAGCAUCAGCAUCAGCAGCAGCAUCAGCAGCAGCAUCAGCAGCAUCAGCAGCAGCAGCAGCAUCAGCAGCAGCAGCAGCCGCAUCAUCAUCAUCAGCAAACGCCACAGCAACAUCAAGUUGUGGCACAGCAAAACCAAGCUAAAACGAACCCCGCCAAACCGCCGCUAAGCAGCAACAACCAACGCAAGCCAUCAUCGAUGGCCGGUGGACACUUUGUGGUGCCACAAGCACCCACCAACCGGAAUAUGUACAACAUGCAACGCUACCUGUCCACACCCAGUUCGAUAGCCAGUUCGGCCAACAAGCAGCCAAAGCGAUCGCUCUCCCUGGACGAAUCGCAUCCGGCCAAGCAGGCGAGAUUAAACCAGGCCCAGGCGAUGGCCAGCUAUACGGCCAAGUUGCACAUGCAGAACAAUAACCAGUCGGCCAAAUCACAGGCGGCCGCCUUUUUACCCAAUCCACAAAUGAGAUCAUAUGGCCCCGAAAUGGGCAAUAAGCCAGUGCUGCCGUUUUUAUGCCCCGCCAAUUUGAGUUUAUCCCUGCCGAGCACGGCCCAAGUGACGAUUACGCCCAGGCCGAGAGCCACGACGGCGGCCUACUCCUUUCCCGAGCCCAAUAGCCAUGUGCCUGCCCUGGAAAUAGUCCGAUUGCCAGCGAGUAAACAGACAGCAGCAGGAGGAGCAGCAGGAGGAGCAGCAGGAGCAGGAGGAGGAGGAGGCGGAGGUGGUGGUGGUGGUGGUGGGAAAAUGCCAACGCAAAUGCCGCCUCUCAGUCCGCCGGCAAGUUCGGGUGGCCGCCUAAUGGGACCACCAGCGGCUUUGCCCAAACAACAACAAGGACACGGAGCAGCGGCCAAGAGGAGCAGCCAGAGCCAGUCGCCGCCAAUGCCACUGCCGAUGACCACGAUUCCAGCGAUUGUCAAGUCGCCGCCGCUGUCAGUUGCGCUUAGUUGCGGGCAAAGGACACAGCCCAGCAAAAGUCACUCCACAAGCAACUCCACAAGCAACUCCACAUCGAACACCAACUCCAAUGCUUAUCGCACAUCACCGCCUGCAUUAAUAAAUCUGCGCAAUACAGCCGCUCCACACUCGUUUCCAUCAAAGUCGAACGCUAAGGUAGAAGCCAAUUCAAAGAAAUCCCCGCCAGCAGCUGGCUGCCAAAGCCAAAGUAAAGCCAAUGGCACCGUCGCAUUGGACAAGUCGUUGAAAACGAGUUUGCGCGAGUUUCGGCCAGCAGUAACCACUCCACCAGCAGCAACGGGAGCAACCGCAGCAUUAGUCAAGGAUGCCGACAUACUUGAUUUAUCAGCUAACCCGGGCAGGAAUAGCAAUAGCAACAGCACUACCGCCAAAUUGGCGCCCACAUCACCGCCCGCGGGUAACAAUAAUGCAACAGCAACAACCACUAGCAGCAGCAGCAGCAGCAGCAGCAGCAGCAGCAGCAGCAGCAACAACAGCCUGGAGGCAGCCUUAAACAAAAUCAAACAGAAUAUAUCCGCCAACAGCAAUGGUGGACCAACGACCACAGCAGUCAGUUCGAAUGGAAACAGCAUUAACAGCAGCGGAAUCAGCAGCAGCAUAAGCGGCAGCAACGGCGAUGAUCUACAGAAUUUGCAAAUGCUUUCGGAAUCGGCAACGGCCAGGGAAAAGAUCUCCAUAAAGGCAGCAGCAGCAGCCGGCAGCAGUAGUAGUAGCAGUAGUGGUACUAGCAGCAGCAAGCCCAAGAAUGCCAAUGCGUUGGUGAGACCCCAGAAUGCCUCGGUUAGGAGCAUACCCAAUCCCUCGGCUCUGGCCUUUCGCAAUCAGCCUGCGGCAGCAGCAGCAGCAGCAGCAACAACAACAACAACAACAACAACAACAAUGCCAGCAGCGGCUCUAAGCAAACCGCUAACUGUGCGGGCCGAGGAGAAGCCCAAAUUGUCCGCUACCAAUAAUCCCGGUUCGCUCAGUCCCACCAGCAGCGGCAGUAGCAGCAACACUAAUAGCCACACUGGAUGCAGUGCAGCCACAUCGCCGCGGGCAAUGACCAAGAAACCGACGACCAUUGAUCAAGUGGCAGCCAAUUUGAAUAUACGUGCCGAGGCCAAGGCCGCUGCCCUCGCCGAAGAGGCGCCACCCGUUCUCAGUUGCAAUGCGGCCAAAUCACCGGAAUUGGCCAAAACGACGACGGCGGCCACAAUCGGAGGAUCACGGACGGAGCCCAAGGAGACGGCCAUCACCGUUUCGGCGGCCAGCACUCUGCUGCCCAUGCCCUCCGGCGUUUCCGGUGUGUCCGGCGUUCCCGAAUCGCUGUCCAAGCCGCCCGUCCAGAUUGCCAACGCUCCGGUGGCGAGUUCCGCUUAGUCACAAGCGUUUCUUUGGCUGUGCGGAACGCAAAUGUAUCUUGUGGCGCCGCUGGAGAAUCUACAGAAUACCGACAACAACUGAAGGUGAUGAAAACCGAACGGAUCAACAACAAAACCAAAACGAUAGAAAUGAAAAACACCAGCAACACCUGCAGCACAAGCUUACCAACCUCGCUCCCGAAGAAAAAGUGCAAUUUAAUUAAUCAGUAGAUUGAUCGUAAGCCUUAGAACUAACCCGAAAUACACUCAACGCUAAGCAAUAUAUACACAGGCCAACAGAAUAUACAUAAGUAUCUGCUUUGGUUAGGGAAACCGCAUCAUUUGCAUAUGUACAUAUAUGCAAACAUUUGCAAUCGAAUUAGUACGCGACUAAAUAAAUAAUCCAAGCAAAUUUCAAAAAUGCCAGCAACAAAAUUAAAUUCAUUAAUUAAUAAUCCAAGAGUGACAGGGACAGAGAGACAGAGAGACAGAGAGAGAGAGAGAGAGAGAGGGAAAGAGGCGAGGAGGAGACUAAUAAUCAAAAGCGCUGGCGUUCGCUGGCAUUUUCGAAAGCAGUCGAAGGCAGCAACAAAAUUAAUUAUAAAAUAUCAACAGCAAAUAUGUGUUAAACCGAGAUAAGGUCAAACACACAAACAAACACAUGCCUUUAAUAGAUAGAUCUUCGGUUGGCAUUUUACUUUUUGGGGGAAAGUCAAAACAAAACCAAACAAAUAACAAAAAAAAAUUAUAUAGCAAAUUAUUUUAAAAUGGGCGAUAGUAAAACUGAAAACAAAAAAAAAAAUCACAAACUGAUAGGGGGAAAAAAAAAAGGAAAAUCGCAUCAGGAAUAUUUGAUUACAAACUGAGUGCCGAAAGUGUUUGGCCCACACCCUUUCGGAAAAACUGCCACGAAGUGUGAAAAUUCGGAAGUGGUGGUGGUGUCGGCGUUGGCUAGAUUGUUCAGACGGGAAAUACACUCGCACAUAGCACGAAAGAUACAGCCAGCCCGAUACCCGAUACACACUCACGUUCUUCAUCGGGGCGAUAAAAUUUUAACGAUUUUGCGCCGCUUUGAGCGAGCGUGUCAGGCAUAAAGAUACAAAACAAUACUUGGGCAUAUAAACAAAAGCAAACAGCAACGGAAUAAUGAAAAUAACAAAUAACUCGCACUGGCAUAACACACAUGCGUAUAUAUUUAUAUACAUAUACCCAAAUAAUAUAUAUCUUGUAGAUACUUUUUCGUAUUAGUUGUUUAAGCGAGUUACGUUUAAUUGCAGCACGAACUUUGUACAUAAAUUUCAAAAUCGAAGCCAGGCAAAAAAAAAAAAAAAACAAAAAGCACUCCAGCACUUGGAAAUGAAUUUUAAUUUUUAGAGCUUCGACCAAAUGAAAUACUUUAUAUAUAUAUACAUAUAUAUAUACACGAACACGCAUUAUACAGAUAUCGAUAUACUCCUUCUUAUAUUUACGAUAUUCGUACACUCGAAAAAAGGCUUUAGGUUUUCGUACUUUUAUUCUCUUCUUGCUCUUAGCUGAUAUUUUUUGUUUUGUUAAUUAUACAUAUAUUGUCUGUACAUAUUCUAAGCGAAGAAACAAAAAGAUGAAUUACAAAGUUUAUGAGGGAGGAAGUUAAAAAAACACUAAAUUGUAUGAGUUUCAUAGAGGAAUAGCUGGAUUGUAGAAUGGUGGUAGAGCCAACCCUUGAUUUAUCCGUAUCUUUUAGCAACCCCCUGCUCGUGGGCAGCAUCCCUCGUGAUCGGCACGAAAAAUUAACAUAAUUUCCAGGCAAUCAAACAAAUUGAAAGGCCUCGGAUCGACCUCCAGCUAUUCCAAACACUUUGGCUCGACUCCUGAUUGUUGUAUAUUUAUUUAUUUCUAUUAUUGAUAUAUAUACAAAUAUAUAUAUAUAUAUAUAUUUAUAUCUAGUUGUAUAUUUGAAGGCUUUGAUCGGAACGCUCGACUUAUUUAAGCGGAUAUUGUACUGUUCGGACACCUUAACUAAAUAAACCUAUGAAUACUUAAAAUAUAUAAAGCAUAUAUGUUUAAAAAUCUGAUUGUAUGCACGUCUGUAUGUAAUAUUGUUAGAAAACUCUCGAAAUGUAAUCCAAAACAAACACACACACACAUACACACCCCUCACACACUAAGUUAAAUUAGCUGAUUUUGGAAAACAAUAAAAACAUGAAAAUGGAACACAAUAUAAAACGAA